AUUACUUUUCAAACUCCUAUAAAUAAACAAAACCUGAACUAAAAACUAUUCAAAUCAGUCAUUUCAAAUUCAAAGUUUUAUCAAAUAUCACAAGUUCUCUUUUGUUGGUAUUCUUGAAAAGGAAAGUGUCUAAAUUAAUUUCAGCAACACAAUAUAUAUAUAUAUAUAUAUAGAUAUAUAGAUAUAUAGAUAUAUAGAUAUAAUGGUGCAUAAUAUCAUUGUUAUUUUGCUCAUUUCUUUUGCGAUACUAAUUGUCAAUUGCUGUGAAGGGAAAGUGCAGUUACCAAAGAAUGUGGUUGUAAAAGCUGUAUUUGCAUUUGGAGAUUCAAUUGUUGAUCAGGGAAGUAAUAAUUAUAUAGAAACUAUAGUUAAAUGUAAUUUUCCACCUUAUGGUAAAGACUUCAAUGGUGGAAUGCCUACCGGAAGAUUCUGCAACGGCAAGACGCCGGCCGACUUGCUAGUUGAAGAAUUGGGGAUAAAAGAGGCUGUGCCAUCUUACUUAGAUCCAAAUUUGAAAAGUGAAGACCUAAAAACUGGAGUAAGCUUUGCAUCUGGUGGUUGUGGAUUUGACCCUCUUACGGCUACCAUCGUGUCAGCCAUACCCCUAUCAACACAAUUAACUCAAUUCAAAGAAUAUAUUGGGAAGAUAGAAGGAUUAGUUGGGAAAGAAGAAGCCAAAUAUAUUAUAAAUAAUAGCCUAUUUUUGGUGGUUGCUGGAAGUGAUGAUCUUGCUAAUACAUAUUUCACUGCUGGAGUUAGACUGGAAAAGGAUAUUAAUACCUACACUGAUCUCAUGGUGGCCAAGGCUUCUGAAUUUAUCCAAGAAUUGUACAAUUUAGGAGCAAGAAGAUUUGGGAUUUUUGGAAUUCCACCAAUAGGGUGUUUGCCAUCACAGAGAACACUAGCUGGAGGGCCAGAUAGAAGAUGUGCUAAGGAAUACAAUGAAGCAGCCCAAUUGGCCAACAAAAAAUUCUCAACUGGCAUUGAUUCAUUAUCCAACAAGUUGGCCCAGUCCAAGCUUGUGUUCAUAGAUAUUUAUAAUCCUCUUCUUGAUCUCAUUGUCAACCCUCACAAAUAUGGUUUUGAAGAAGUCGAGAAAGGGUGUUGUGGCACAGGAAAAAUAGAGGUGACAAUAUUAUGCAACAAAUUCAGUGGAACAUGUGAAGAUGAUACAAAAUAUUUAUUUUGGGACAGUUACCAUCCAACUGAAAAAGGUUACAGAAUUCUUGUUGAUGAGAUCCUCAAAAAAGAUAUCAACAAAUUCUUCUAGAGGAAGACUUUGAUUUAAAAAAAAAAAAAUAAAUAAAAAAAAAUCAACAUGUAUAUUCACCAAGUUUGUUAACAUUGGGUCAAAAGUCCAAAAUUUGUGUUCAAUUAAUCCAUACUUCCUGUGUGUUUUUUAAAAUUCAUUUAUAAAGCUUUACUUCAUGCAUGUAAUAAGACACUGUAAUUCGAGUUUACGUAUAUCCAAGUGUUUAUGUUGGAUUUU